AUGUUUUAAAAAAUGGUAAGUGUGACAGACUGAUUUAUACUCACCUCCCCUGUGAAAAUUUCCAAAUCCUAAUCUCUGGAACCUGUGAAUAUAGGAAGUGGCAAAUGUGACAAAGUUCUGGAUUUUGAGAUGGGAAAGUUAUCCCAAAUUAUCCUAAUGAGACUGGUGUGAUCCCAGUAGUCCGUGGACAGGUAGAACACGGAGGAAGAGAUGACAAUGUGAGAGCUUAGACAUGAAAGGCUGUAGGAUUCAAGACCCUGAGUUCAAAAACCAGAAAAGGCAAGGAAGCAGUUUGCCCCUUAGGCACUCCAGGAGGAGCCAGCCCUGCCAACAUCUUGAUUUUAGCACCAAAGGAUUUCUUCUUGCAGGCUUCUGACCUCCAGAGACACAAGAGAAUAAAUGUGAAUUUUGUUCAAGUCAUAAAGUAUAUGUUAACUGGUUACAGCUGCAAUUGGAAACUAACACAGAAAAUACCAGGAAAAUGAAUGGUUUCAUCACGCCCCCUUUUGUCAUUAUUUCAAGUUGCUUUUAUGAGCAAAGCUUAUUUUACUUAGCAACAGUUGCUAAGUUAGUUAACAAUUUAAUGCUAGAGUCUGAGAGGGAGCCACUGCUUAAACCUUGCCAAAUCCAGAGCCCACACCUUCUAUGGCAGAGGCUCUCAGUAGCAGUCUUUUAUCGAGGGCUCCUAGCCACAAGCUCAGUGUGGCAGAUCACAUCUUACCUGGCCUCUAGCAGUCUCCUAAGAACCCCGGACCUCUUCCAGCUUCCUUGCACUUCUAGCUUCUCUUGAAGUUCCCUUUUCUAAUUUCAGAAUUAUUUUAACAGUAGGUAGCAGAAGCCACCUGAUGUUUAGCCAUGAUCAGAAAUCCAAAUCACACGCACUUUGUUUGCUGUGCUGUUUGUAAUAAAAUAAUUCCACCGGCCCCUUUUGGAGAAACCUUCAAACGGAUCCAUGAAUACAAGCCGUUUAAGACACGUUUCUAUACUCACAGAGAUAUACUGGAUAUUGGGGAAAGUAUUCUGAAUAAAGAAGAGAAAUGCCAAGAGGCUACACUCAAAGAACGUAUUGCAAAAGCAGAAGCUGAUGUAUGGAAUCAGGCUAAUGAACUCCAAAAACAAGCAGUGGAAAAAGCACUUGAAGAAGCAAAUGACAGACACAAAUUUGAAAUUAAAAUUUUAGAAGAGAAACAUCAAAAAGAUUUACAGGAAAUGGCAAUUAAAACCAAGACGGAAGUAUUCGCCAACAUGGAUGAUGAACUGAAGAGAGAACACUUGGCUGCGGAACAGCGCAUGGUCCACAGAAUCCAGAGGAUUAUGAUGGAGUGCCACAGGGAGAAGAUGGAGGCUGUGCAGAAAGCCAGGGAAGAAGAAAGGAAGCUCGCCGAGGAAGUAAUCCAGGCCCAGAAGAGUAAAGCCAUCGAGGAGCUUGUGAGUAGUGGUGUAUCAGUUCUUAAGGAUCAGAAGACAACUAUGACCCAGUUGAUGAGAGCAAAAGAACAUGAGAUGAACCUCUUAUUUGGCAUGGCUCAGAAGCGGAGGCAAGAAGAGGUACAAGAAGUGAUACAGAAAGCAGAGAAAACACAUAAGGCCGUGCUUGGCAACGUGAUGGGUAAACUGGUUGACACACAGGGGGAGCUGCUGACCAUUGUGAAACAACUGGGAAUCAUGACAAACUGGAAAGAAUUUCUGGAGGAAGAGUUAGAGGAAACCAGGGCAGCAUUUCAAAAAUACAUCAAUUACACUUUUCCUAAGCUUUCACCAGGACAGGCUGAUUUUAUUAUGCCAGAAAGAAAGAAAACACCUUCCAACCUUGUUACUAAGGAGGAUGAAAUAGUGCCUAACUAAAAGUCUUCGACUGAAAUUUCACUGCAAAAGAUGUUGUAGCAAAGACUAAAUAAACUUAUUCAAAACCACCAAUUGAUC